AUGUCUUCCAAUGUCACCCCGCGUAUGCGCGAACUCUUAAGCACCCCGGGCUUCUUGAAGGAUCAGGAGGGUGGAAGUGAACUCAGGAAUUUAUACCGAGCGCAGUCAAUGCACGCCUUCGAUCCUCACAGACUGGAAGGAUUUGCGAGAGAAUGCUUCAUCGGCGACGUAAACUCUGUGCGAACUGCUCUCGAAAACAAUACUGCACCUGAUCUGAACAGUACAGUCACUGACUUCGAGUACGGGUUCGCGACUCUGGUGGUCGCUGGCGCCCAACGCCUCCAGAACACUCCCUCAAACCCAGUGGAACUACCUCACAUCGAAACACUCGAACUACUACUCGCAAAUGGCUGUCCACCUGAUGUACCUGAUAUCUGCCGCUACACCGCUCUCUCGCACGCGUGCAUGGUCCCUUGCCCAAAAGCCCCUGCGCUCGUACGCACCUUGCUCAUCGGCGGCGCAAACGCAAACCAUCAGGACGUCUGGGGCUACGUCCCUCUUUUCAUGGCUUCAAAAGUCAUGAUGGUUGAAGCCGUAGAUGCGCUCAUGGAAGCUGGUGCGGAUCCGACACUUCAAGACGCCGAUGGCAUGUGCCCGAAAGAUCUCUCCACUGGCCCUGCUGUAUCCGCCGCGAUCAACAAAUGGCUUCGUAGACGAUCUGGAGAGUCGGCGCCGCUUGAGGAUGGGAGAGCUUGUGCUGCGUGUAAGAAGACCGGCGAUGAUGGUGUGAUCACAAGGCGGUGCUCUGCUUGUCAUACUGUCUACUACUGCUCGAGGAACUGCCAACGUGGACAUGCUAAGGAGCACAAGCCCCACUGCAAGCCUUUCUCAAUGGACAACACGGUCAUCGUGCGGCCCAACUACGACUCGGGGGAUAUGUCGCACGUACCGCUCGCAAGCUUCAACCCUGUUCUUAGUCAGUUGGGAACCUACAUGCCGGAGUUGCGUCCUUCAGCGCCUCGCGCACGCUAUGCGCACCCUCCGAAGACCUUUCCGAAAGACUAUGUCAUCAAAGUACAGCUUCCGGUUAGCGCGGAUAUACGGGCAACACCUCCAAUGCUGGUCUACUCGAAGAGUCGGAACUUCGAAUGCCGCAUUCGCAGAGAAGACGCGCCUGCGGCAUACGACCGUGUUGCGCAGUUGAUACGGACGAAGGGGUUUCAGGGUGCGAAGGCGUACUUUGUAGCACAGCUGAAAAGCGAAAACGAGCUUGUUGUGAAGGUGUCUGAGGUCCUUGCUGAUCAGCCUUUCUAA